AUGGGUCUCGUGCACAGGAUCCGCUCGUCCCCGAGCUACCUCUUUAUUAAGUGCUAUCUAAUAUGUACGCUAGUGACGCUCUUUGCUGCGCGGCCACUGUCCUCGCGGCUGAAUGCGAAUGGCCCGUGGACCUGGUACGAGUCGACGGAGGGCGGGCAUGGCAUGUCGUCGUGGGGGCGCAUGCAAGCGCUUCUGGCCGGCGCGACGAGGCGUGAGAGCCGUACUGAGGCAACAGAAGGCCAGUCUCCGAUGGGCAUGCACUCACUAGGCGCGUGGUGGCAGGAGCGCCGCUUUCCAUUCCUGUUUCCCCCGCCGCAGAUCCCCCUGUCGCUGCCGCCGCCGGUGCGCCUGCCGCGCAUCCCGAUGCUCGAGCGGUGGCGUCUCCGGUGGCACGACAUGUCGCAUCUGCGGCGCCUCGUGGAAGUGGAUGACGAGGACGUGGAAACGUUCCCGGAGCUCGAGUGGGACGCGCAGGUGCGGUGCUCCUCGGAGCUGCAUGCAGACGAGCAGGCGGCGAUUGACAAGCGGCGGUACCUCAUGUCCUCGGAGGGCACGAAUGCGCUCGCCCACUUUCUCCAGCUGCCGGAAGGCGAGUAUGUGCAUCCCGACGAUGUGCCGCUCAUUGCGAUCGGCGGCUCUGGCGGCGGGUACCGCGCCAUGUUUGGCUACUCGGGCUUCCUCAAGGAGGCGGAGAACACGGGCCUAUGGCAGUGCACAACGUGGUGCUCGGCGGUGAGCGGCUCAUGCUGGACGCUCGCGGCCUACUACACCAUCGCGCAGUGCUCGACGGACGUGCUGAUCGCGCAUCUCCUUGCAAUGGCGCACGAAGAGGCGCACCCGAUGAGUCUACAAGCGAUGGACCGCAUCGCACGCUCGUCGCGCGGUAUCUACUACCUGCUUGGUCCUCUGCUGCGCAAGUCCCGCAACAAGAAGCUGCACUGCCGCAUCAUGGAUUUUUACGCCACGCUCGUCCUCUCGUACCAAUUUCUGCCGCGCCCCCUCGCGCUUUUCGGCACGGACUACUCGUACAAUGGGCCGCGCACGAACCAGGAGCCGUCCUUGCACGAGCACUCGCUCUGGGCCAAGUACGAGCCGAGCGAGGGCCUCAGCCGCAAGUCGUUCCAGUGGUCAAAGGUGUGGGAGCGCACGCGUGUGAACGAAGGACUACAGCCUAUCCCGAUCCUCACGGGCGUGCGCCGCGUAUGGCGGCCGUACCCUGCGGGCGAUGCGCCGGUGCAGGGCCCCUCGCACGAUGGCCCGCCGCUCGUCGGCAGCGGCUACGACUGGUACGAGAUCUCGCCGCUCGAGCUCGGCUGCCGCAGCAUUGGCGCAUGGAUCCCGACGUGGGCGUACGGCCGCACAUUUGAAAAUGGGCGCUCGACGCACCGCGCGCCGGAGCAGAUGCUCACGGCAAUCGUGGGCCAGUGCACCGGUGCGCCGGCGGGGCCACUCACUGCGUAUAUUACGACGAUGCUUGCGUCUAUUCCACAGGGCACCGUCAUGUCUACGCUGCUCAGCUGGGUGAACGACUUUGUCAAGAUGAAGCAGUGGGAGAAGCGCUGGGGCAAUCCGAUCCGCGCGGCCGACGAGCCGAAUCCUUUCUACGGACGCGGCAUGGACGAUGUGGUCAUCAACAUGGACAGUGCGACGCCUUCUGUGCCCCCACCGCCCCCGGCUGUGACGCGGCCUGCAUCGCCGCUGCCGCCGCCGCCUCCGCCGACGGACGACGAGGCGCGGCCUGCGGAUCCGAUCAACACAUUCUUCACGCAGCUGCCGCGCCUGCCGGAAUUUGCACUAGAGCACAGGUUGCGUCCGCGGCGCGGAAGUGAUGCGUCUGCCUCGACGUCCCUGCUGGAGAAUGAUCCCGAGACGUUCAUGGCGCCCAUGGAGGACCUCGACGUCGUGCACGACGACGAGGAGGUCGGUGGAAAUACGCACACGCGGCAGUGGAAGUGGGAGCACACGCGCCGGCUGCGCUUGAUGGACAGUGGUCUCUCGAACAACCUGCCGAACCAUGUGCUGGCGCGGGAGGAGCGCCAGGCCGAUGUGAUUAUUUCGUUCGAUGCAUCCUCAGACGUCAAGACCGGCGCUGCGCUCGAGCGCCUGCACGAGUUUGGCCGCGAAUUCCACAUUGAUAUCCGCCCGCGCCCUGUGGGCGACGAGCCCGACGUGGAAAUCAGCUCGACCGACGGCCCCGAGACGACUGUGGGGCAGCGCCCGUCGCUGUCGCCUUCGGCGAUGCAGCGCGACCUCGAGUCGGAGGCGGAGCGCAUGCGCCUCCAAUACGAGCACAAGUACGCACAGCGCCUUGACGGCUGGCGCCAGAAGAACGGGCCGGCCGAGGGCCGCGAACCUGACAUCAACUUUGUGUACUGCCCGCUGCUCCCGAACGCCGCGCAGCCUGGUUUUGAUCCUACGACUGCCCACUACAGCACCUCGUACAACCUCAUUUGGACGGCGGAUCAGGUGCGUGCGCUCCUGCGCACGGCCAUGGCCAACGUGGAAGAGGGCAGUCGCUCGGUGCGUGUCAUUCGCGAUGCGGUGCGUGAGGCGUACGAGCGCAAGAAGAAGGCGCGUCUUGCACGUGAGGCAGGCGUACCGAGCGUCACCGUGACAGACACGGGCCAUGUGCCCCACAGGCGCUCGAGCCCGACGCCGGCCGACCCCGACCCGCCCAUGGGACCGCGAGGCGUGGCGGGCCCAGUGCCGGGCGAGCACAUGGACGACGCGCCCGCGGACGAUAGCGAGCUGAAGUCCCCGCGCGCUCCUACUCCGGCGCCGGCGCCGGACAAGGACAACUCGCCGGCCGGCCCUGACUCUGUGUGUGCGACGGCGCCGCUCGGGGCCUCUCCGCUGGCGAUGCUGGCGCCCGCCGUGACGGCGGCUUGA